CAAUUAUUCAAGCAUUCUACCAUUUAUAAUGGUCCGAACCUUCGAAAGGUUCAGAUAAGGCUCGAAUGUUGUCUUAUAGUACUUCCGGAUAUAGCUAAGCGUUAUAUUUUCUUAAUCAGUGAAUCUUCAUUCGUCAG